AUGCACCGUAGGAGAGGGGCCAAGAAGCCCCAAGAGCCCAAGGCGGUUGAUUCUUAUUAUUGUGCAGCGAAUCUUCCCUGGGUUUGGGCUUCUCUGAAACUGCGAGAGAUGGUCAGGUCCGGAUGUCGACCAGGCCAGGUGUUAUCUUCAGGAGCACAUGCUGGAUCUACUAAAUUAACAAAUGGGAAGAAAGGGACCCAUUUAAGAAAAAUAACACAUUUCAGUGCAGAUUCUGGCCAUUCCACCAAUUCUGAUUCAGCAAGUCAGACUGAAGCUGUACAAGGCCUUGAUCGUUGUGCUUCUUUGCUACAGGACAUUUUGAGAAAUGAAGAUUCAGGUUCAGAAAUAGUGUACUCAGAAAAUAGAUCUAAUCCUAGACCUUUAGAAGGCAAAAGAUAUGGAUAUAAAAAGAAAGGAUUUGAGAAACAUACUUUUCCUUUAGGAGCCCAGAAGGAAAUGACAUCUUCACGGAAUAAGAAAAAGAUACCUAAUGAAACUUCUGCUGGAAGUGGAAAAGACAUAUCAGACUUACCACAAAACUGGUCAUUACAAGAUCAUUAUAGGAUGUAUUCACCCAUGAUAUACCAAGCCCUCCAUGACCACGUGCAGACUCAAAUGUCACUGAUGAAAAACUUUGCUUCAAAGAAGAACACCAGUGGAAUUUCCCUUGUACCUGGCCAUUCUGGGUCUGGGUCUGGUUCUGAAUCUCAGGCAGCUUCAGAUUCUAAUUAUGGCUCAUAUACCUCCCGCUCAGUCUGGUCACCUCAGCAACCAUCCUGCCCUCAAGUGGUUCAUUCUGAAGUUCAAACUGAUGAUGACAACCAGUUUUCAUCACAAACUAAAACGGUUCCUGUGAACUCUGCUGAUUGUCUAAGGAAUUCAUUUAAUACCAUUCCUGGAGUUCCUUGUAGCCUUCCCCAAACUGACACAUCUGCUAUUCCAACUUUUCAGCCCCUGGGCCUUGGUACCAGGAUUCUACCACAGCAAGGAGUUCCUAAGGAAGCAGAUCUGCUAAAAUGUUUUCAAACAUAUAUGUCUCUCUUUCAAUCUCAUGGGAAAGAAACUCAUUCAAAAGGUCAGAUGCACCGAAGCCCCAUUCCAUCACUGCCACCUGUUUGGGCCACUAAUGAAGAAAAACGUGCCAAAGGACAAAUUAGAGAGGCCACAAGUGAAGGGAAAGAUUUAAACAUAGGUGUGCGAGAUGCAAACAUAAUCAAGGAUGUACAGAAGGCAAAAAAUGUGAACCAAACUGCUGAAAAAGUUAGAACUCUAAAGUAUUUGUUGAGAGAACUCAAGGCCCUGGUAGCAGAACAAGAAGACUCAGAAGUUCAUAGGUUGGUUACAGAAGUGGAGGCAUGUGUAUCUGUGCUUCCAGCAGUAAAUGGAAUUACAGAUAUCCAAUUUGAAAUAGCACUGGCCAUGCAACCAUUAAGAAGAGAAAAUGCUCAGUUACGAAGGCAGUUGAGAAGUUUAAACCAGCAACUUAGAGAACAAGAAAAAACUCCUAAGGUGUCUGGUACCACGGAAUGCAACCUUGAAUUGUUCUCUCUUCAGUCAUUGAACUUCUUCCUGCAAAAUCAAUUGCAGGAGACAUUGAAGAGUCAGGAAUUACUACAGAGUAAAAAUGAAGAGCUCUUAAAAGUGAUUGAAAAUCAGAAGAAUGAAAGCGUACAAUUUAGUAAUAUGUUUAAAGACAAAGAGCAAACGAUAGUUGAAAAUAAACAGCAAUUUGACAUUGAGAUGACAAAAAUAAAA